GAGAGCAUUCGGCCUGGAAUGAGGGUGAAGGUGGUCGGAGAGGGAUUGGAGGAAUCCUGUGGAGUUAUUCAAUCUAUUGCCGAGAGAAGAGGUGUCGCCAGUGUCCAGUUCUCCGAUGAUGAAUUCUGUUUUGGACCCAAUAAAACUCUGGACGUCCCGCUUUCCCGUCUACUCCCGCCCCAAAAAGAAAUGCUCCCGUUGAACCAGCUACAAGUGGGCACCGAGCUCUGCAGUGCCGUGUGUGCCGUUCUCAAGACCACGCCCCCUUCAAUAAGCCACGCCCACUCCAGUACGGACGCCAGCAAUGCCUCGUUGGGUCUGUGUCGAUUGUUUGCAGAGAUGAGAUCCCGGGUGUGCAUGGCUCUGCUGUGCCACGUUCAGCAAUCUCCGGAGUUUCUUAGACAGUUUCUGGGCUCUUGCUGUGUGGAGGACCUCAGGAACCAGCUCACUAGUGACCCAGGUCUGCGGCUCUCAGUGGUGGAGUCCCACUGUCUGUCUCUGAGGAUGCUCUACAGAGACUGUGCCAGACCCCCAGCACCUCGCAUUGAGAGACCCCGCUCCGAGCCGAAGGUGAUCAGUCUGGACGUGACUCGAGAGUGGCCGCUCGUCUCGUUCUGUGCCUUCAGCCACAAUCUCACGUCCCUGUCCUACCAGGGACCGUCCAGCGCAGUCCUCCCCCCCUCCUCCUCGGCCGCAGCGUCAGGGGAGGGGUCAGCGGAGGUCGCAGCUCAACCAAAGGGAGUCAUGUUGUUUGCCAACACCUCCAUUCCUGACUACGCCCCAUCGUUCUACUGGGAGGUGGAGAUGGGUCACAUCGGAGACAGCUCGUCUGACACCGCCCAGGUUGCCAUGGGUUACUCUCCGCCCCCUGAGAAACCGGCGAGCGGACAACCUUGGAGCUAUCCCGUUGACGCCGUCUUCAUUAGAAGCUCAGGGCGAGGGUGUCAGGUGAGGGGAGACAACCUCAUGGAGUGGGUCACGGCUCGUCUGGCGGCCCCUCUCAAGAGCGGCGAUGUGGUGGGGUGUGGGUGGGUGAGGGAGGAGGAGGGAAGCAAGGGAAACGUCUAUUUCACCCUCAACGGUCAGAGAACCGAAAACAGCUUUACUGACGCUCCUCCUGAAAUGAUCCCAUUCCUACACAUCCAGAAGAAGGCAGUUCGCGUGAGAGUCAAUUUUGGAGACCGUCCGUUUGUUUACGGAGAAGGCCACGCCCACAGGAAUGCAGCCGAUGUGCAGAAGGGAGACUCGGCCGAGGAGAUGGCUGCUGCAUUCCUGGAGCUCCCAUUUUCAGAGGAGACGAGUGAGGGAGAGGAAGAGGGGGAGGAGGGGGGAGGGGGAGGAGAGGGAGGAGAGGGGGAGGGGGAUGAGGGAACAAUUGUUGAUCUCUCUCAAGCUGGACCCCAGACCAAGAUGAUGAAAACGGCCAUUGCUACAGUCGGUUACGAUGCAGCUGCCUCGCAGACCUACCAGCUGGGGAGUUGCUAUGACAACAUGUUGGAAUGUGGUCCGUUGGUCCGUCCAGGAGGUAGUGGGCAGGAGGAGCUCUCAGAGGAAGAAGCUACCUCCACACCUCAGGAGGAAGACCUGCAUGCGCUGCUGGUGAAGGCCUGGGAGACAAAGGUCUUCCCCGUCAUCCAGAGAAGGUUCCGGAACGACCAGGAGAGGAAGUCGGGUCUGGAGCAGAUCAAGGGGGCCCUCCAGCUGGGCAUGGAGGGCAUCGCCCAGGAGACCGUGGAGUUUCUGUACGAGGAGAACGGAGGGGCACCCAAGGAUCUCCACCUGCCCACCAUGGACGACGUGAAAGCUGACCUGGGGAAGUUCACCAUCAGCAAGGUGCACAAGUCAAUGGCAGUGGUGGUGCAGAAAGACUUGCCAUACAUUCGCUGCGGAGUUCGCUCCAUGCAAAAGACACAGGGCCUCACCGGAAUAGUUCUCGACAUUGACGAGUCCAACGAACUGGUACAGGUAGAGUGCUACCUGCAGAGCGAGGGGGCCCUGGUCAGAUUUUGGUUCCCCGUGGUCUACUUGGAGAAGCCUCCCCCGGGGUACCGGAAAUCCCCCACACUCCGGGGGGCUGAUGCAGCCAAUAUCAUGGUCUACAGAGAGCUGCUGCAGUGUGAGGUUUUCCUCUGCUCCAUGUACUGUCGACGGGCCCUUCUCUCUCUUGGGCUACCUGCUUCACCUGCAGUUGAACCUGCUCUGGACCACCUACAGCUGGUGGCAGCUGACAGUCUCUCAGAGCCACUGAGUGAGGGAGGAACCACCAGCACCAGUCCCGACCUGGCCCCCUCCCCCCUCGCCUGCACCUCACACCUCACCUCCUCUCCCCUCUCCCUCUUCUACUCACAGCCUUCACGAGUCCUCUCUGAGCUCUCCGCCAUUCUACACAACUUCCCACUGGAGGUUGAGGGAGUGGCAGCGAGACUGUGCCAGGUCCUGACCGCCGCUCCCCAGGGGUUCGCCAGCGCCGAGGUGAAGGUGGCAGAGUCACGGGAGGCUCUCGAUGUCGGCCACUCAGACGCCGCCUUCCUUCUCCUCGACUGCCGCGACGACAAGGGAGCCCAGUCUCCUCCAAGUGCAACGUUCAAGUACCCGUGGGCCCGGGGACUGUGCUACAAGGGAGGCCUCGGGAAGAACGGCCAGCAGCAGCUCCAGGAGGUGGUACGCUACCCCAGUGAGGUAACCAACCAAUACUGCGGCCCCACCUACCCCUCUCGCGUCCUCCCGUUCUGCCGAAUACACCUCAAGACAGGCGGGUGCUCCGUACGUCCGCUGAAGAAACUUCACAUCCUCUCGGUCCCCGCCGAUCUCCCUCUCGCACUCGCCUUUGCCGACUCUCUUUGCUCCCACUCUCUCGGGGUGUACGGGGAGAACCCUGCCUCAUUGGCCACCCUCCACGCCACACAGGCCCUCUCCUCAACUCUGGAGGGGUUGACGCGAUUCCUCGCUCGACUGGAGAUGCCUCAGACACUCAAGGAGCCAUCUCUCCACUUGUUAUCCCAGAUUCUCCGGACCCUGUGGUCUCAAACAAGAGCGGUCGGGCUCUACGAGCAAGAAGUCGCACGUUUCUCGAAAGCCAAGAACAAGACGAGUUACCCGCCACCCGGCAGCAUCUCAGAGGGAGGCCAGGGCAAGUUCUCCACUUACUUUCAGGCUUUGCUAGAGGCCCUCCUUGCCACGGGGGCCUACAGCUGCAAGUUUCAUGGAGUUGACUCUGACGCGCCAUUCGUUCCUUCCUCCUCCUCUUCAUCUUCCACCUCAUCAUCUGUUUCAACUUCCUCCCCUUCUUCUACUUCUACUUCGUCAUCAUCAUCUUCUGGAGGCCUCGCGACUCCCUCUCACCCGGACUCUGCCGGGGCUGUCGCUAUGGCAGCUCCUGCAGCGCCGAGCAAGAAGAGCGGAAUGCGUCGUUUUCGUGGACGAGUCCCGCGUGGUGCCACCAAGAAAGACCCGGGCGAAUCGGACAAGAAGAAGAAAGACGAGUGGCUUGCAGUCGUCCGAAACGCCUCCCUCGUUCUAACGUCCCUUACUCCUCUCGCUAGUGCCAGUGAAUCUUCAACUAUCAGUCUACACCAAAGCCACUGUGGAGUGGCACUGACGGGCUCUCUCCCGAUACACCCUGCGUCUAGACUAGUGGUCGUAACAGGUAUACGUUCCGACCUCUCGGUGACUGAGACUAGAGAUAGACUCCACCGAGCGUGUCGAUCCUUCGGAGGUCUUCACAUGGACCAGCUCCAUCUCCCUGUGAGGAGUGUGUCAUCUCCAGACAAGGAGAGAGGAGGGGGGGAGAGAAUUCCGCCAUCUUCCGCCCGGGACUGCCAACCAUCUGCUCAGCAAACGACAGAGAAUUCCCCGUCAUCUCAAGACGAUUUACCUCCAGAGGAUUCUUCGGCCCAGGAACUAGUUGGACAUGCUGUUCUCGAACUGAACUGCAGUUUCAACACUUCGGCAGUGUGUGAUUCGAUUCUCAAUCUGCCGUUCUUCCUGAGAGGUGGCAGAGGGGAGGGUGAAGGGAGAGAGACAAGCCUUGCAGCCAUGGCGGUGAGCAGCUCGCUGGCAGUGGGGGAAGAUGACGCCGGGACCAAGGCUCUGGAAGAAUAUCUCAGACUCUGUCUUACUGAAAGAGAAGGAGAGAAGGAGGAGGAGAAGGAGGAGGAGGAGGAGGAGAAGGAGGAGGAGGAGGAGGAGAAACACUUGUCAGUUCAGCUACGGAAGUUCUCAAGUGUGUGUUUGAGUCGGGGAAGAAGGAGAGAGCGGCUGAAACAGACACUGGGGGCUGGUGAUAGUGUUUGGAGAGACAUUGAGAGUGGUAUCAACAGAGGGAGCAAGGGGGAGAAGGGGAUGAGAGUGAGCUGUGAGGAGUUCCUGCAGUGGUGUGCCCUGCAGGCUACGAGGAACCCGAGACAGCUGUGGCUGGGACUGUUUGCCUGUGGCUACGACCUCCACUUCACAAGGUGUGGGUAUGAGUCCAGUGCUGUCCCAGCUCACCAGGCCACUGUGGCACAGGACGCAGCUCUAGUCCUACACGUGGACUCUCUCUGUCGGCACUACUCAGUCAGCUCCUCCUCGCUCCAGCCAUGGGACCUCUUCCUGAGCGAGUCGUCUCUCUCCGACCCUCGCCUCGCUCCCCUCCAGGGGGUGUCGCUAGCCGACCUUCGUCUGAGACUGCUGCAGCUGAAAUAUAUCAACCACCAGCUGGCGCUACUUCUCCCUGUGAUUGACCUUUGCCCCCGGUACCCUCUUUCUCUCGGAGGCCGGCUCUCUCGCCUGGCUCCGCUACUGUUCUACGACGUCAAGAUGUCAUUUCUUCACGCCGUGCUGAAUGCCUCGACCAGACGUUCGCUGGACCAGGCACCGCCGGAGAUUAAGAUGGACCCUCUUGAAUCACUGGCUGGUGUGGCAGGAGUUCCAUUGGAGACUCAGUUCUGUAAGGCUGCAGGUCAGAUGUUGUCUGUCCCCUCGCCGCAGCUCUGCGUCCCUCUCGCCAGCGGGGGAGACCCCACAUACGCCUUCAACGUCAAACUCGCCGGAGAAGAAGUCCACGGAACAAGCGGUUCAUUCAGACACUUUGUGUGGCAGGCAGUGAGGGAACUCCAGUCCAGUAUCCUCCCCAUCCUCCUCCCAUGUCCCAGCGGAGCCACUGGCCUCAACUCUGGUAAGUAUAUCCUGUACCCAGGACCAAUGGCGUACUCCGAAGAGAAACUCCUCCUGUUCUUCGGACAACUGGUGGGCGUGGCCAUCCGGGCCGACGUUCCCAUGACGCUGGACCUCCUCCCAUGUUUCUGGAAGAGUCUGAAGGGGACGCCCCUGUCCUUAGCGGACUUGAGAGACACCGACUGCAUCACGUAUCAUCUCACAGAAAAAAUGCUCUCUUGUUCAACAAUAGAGGAAUUUGACGAGCUGUUGUCGGGUCUGGUGAGACACACCAGUCAGGGACAGGAGGGAGAAGUGGGCCGGACAGGGGGCAUGGUCUACCACACCCACCAACAGUCGCAGCAGCAGCAGCAAGGGGUGCAGUUUGUCUACCACACAAUGACGGGGGAAGAGGUUGAACUGUGUCCAGAAGGCCACUACAAAUCUCUUACGUUUGAGAACAGACGAGAGUUUGUUGAUGCGGUGCGGGAGUUGCGACUGAGAGAGAUGUCAUGUGACCACCGCAUGACCAGCGUGAGGUGUGGCCUCGCCUCCGUGGUUCCCCUACAACUGCUCAAUAUCUUGACCCCCACGGACCUUGACCUCCGAGUCUGCGGCAUCCCAGACAUAAACCUGGACUACCUCAAAAGACACACAAAGUACCACGUGGGGUUGGAGGAGACUGACAAACAUGUCCAGUUCUUUUGGAACACUCUGGAGAGCUUCUCACAGGAGGAACUGCGGAAGUUCAUAAAGUUUGCCUGCAACCAGGAGAGGAUCCCGUUUGGCAACCCAUGCAGAGAGGGGGGUCGGGACACGGCUAUGAACGUUCCUCCAUACCCCAUGAAGAUCGCUCCUCCUGAUGGGACCGGUCCUACAGACAGCCGCUACGUAAGAGCAGAGACGUGUAUGUUCCUGCUGAAGCUGCCACAGUACUCGACACAGGAGAUCAUGACCAGCAGACUGCGAUAUGCCAUACACUGCAUGGAGGACCCCCUCAGUGGCUGAGGCAGUGGCGGUACAUUGCCUCACUGAGAUGUAUUGUAUCACACUCUGUGUAUUAGUCAAAUCACAUAUCGCACUCUCUGUAAUAAUUAAUAUUGCAUCAUGAUAGGGUUUAUUCAAUUGGUCUAGUGUACUAUUUAAUAUGACGUCAUGACAUGAUGUGGGGUCAGUGAGUGACAAACUAGAGAAGUCUUCCGCGACAGUUGGGUGCCUUGCAGCGGCAGUAAAUGACCUUUCGCUCCACAGACCCUACUUCGUAACUAUAGUCCCACGUUAGCUCCUGCAGUGCCUUGAUACGAUUUCUUGCAAAGAAGGCCACCCACGGAAACCGCAGAUCGUGCGUAUCGACAAACACGUUUUGAACAAACAUGUUUGGAGAGCAGCUAUGGUUGAUAUAGCGACCAAUGUUGCCCCUCUCCUUAGCAUCAAUUAUGUAGCUGAAGUCCUCCCUGAAAUGCUGGCGAGUCCUGAUUCCAUGCUGCUGGUGUGGGGAUAUUGGAACCACAUAAUCUUGUGGUGAUCUGAUUCUUUGCUCGUUUUGCAGACGGGACGACCGCUUUGAUGAUGCAGUGGGAGCGGUUUGUAGAGCAUGAGUUGGCCUGUUUUUGGGUCCUGGAGAUGUCCUGUCUGAUGAUCGAUGUCCAAUUGGUGGAUGGGACAACCCAUAGAGUAUGGGUGUAGUUACUGACAUUGUAAAGUUUGAUGGUGUGUCAUCUGUUGGUGGGUGUGGCUCAGAAUGGGGCGGGGCAAGUGGGGAGUGGAUGGGAGAGAUGACAGUGGAACUACACAAACUGAUGAAGGAUAAGGAACUGCUGCUGUCAGAAUUGGCAUCAUCGUCACUGCCACUUGCCCCUGUUCCACCAUCUCUUGUCUGGUGAGAAGAAAAAUAGGAAGAGGGAGAGAGAGAGAGAGAGAGAAGGGUCAGGUCUACCACACAACAUCCCUCUUGCUACGUUCUGGCAGUAAAUAAGGGAGAAGCCAAGCGGCAUACAUGAGAGCUGGCGAUGCUGUCGAGAAUGAAAGAUUCAUCCUCACUGCUCAUGGUCGUCUCGUGAUCAGACGGCAUCACCACUUCUUCCUCGUAGCCCUCCUUGUGGUGUUCCAUUACCUCUAUUAGUGGGAGAGGACUGUCAGUUAGCAAGAGACUGAGAGAUUAGGGGUUCAGCAAUAAUGAGCACAGCACAGGGUCACAGUAUUGGCUUAUAUGGAUGGACAGGGAGACGGUGGUAACUAGGGGGAAAGAGCAACUACACACUUACCAAUAUAGUCCAACUCGGCAA